CGGAGCUGGCGGCGCCCCCCGAGAAGCUCACUUAACCUGAGGCAUGGAGACUGUAAUUUGGGAGACGAAGCCUCGAGCCUAAGGCGAGUUCUCGGGUCCAUCGCCGGGGGCCCAUGUCGGAGGAGUGCGCGCGGAUCGCAGCCCUGGCGGCCGGGAGGACGCGGAAAGGCGCCGGGGAAGAGGGACUGGUGAGCCCCGAGGGAGCGGGGGACGAGGACUCGUGCUCGUCCUCGGCGCCGCUGUCCCCGUCGUCCUCGCCCCGGUCCAUGGCCUCGGGCUCCGUGUGCCCCCCAGGCAAGUGUGUGUGCAACAGCUGCGGCCGGGAGAUCGUGGACAAGUACCUUCUCAAGGUGAAUGACCUGUGCUGGCAUGUUCGGUGUCUCUCCUGCAGUGUCUGCAGGACCUCCUUAGGAAGGCAUACCAGCUGUUAUAUUAAAGACAAAGACAUUUUCUGCAAACUUGAUUAUUUCAGAAGGUAUGGAACUCGCUGCUCUCGUUGUGGGAGGCACAUCCAUUCUACUGACUGGGUCCGCAGGGCCAAGGGGAAUGUCUAUCACUUGGCGUGCUUUGCCUGCUUUUCUUGCAAAAGGCAGCUUUCCACGGGAGAGGAGUUUGCUUUGGUGGAAGAGAAAGUCCUCUGCAGAGUGCAUUAUGACUGUAUGCUGGAUAAUUUAAAAAGAGAAGUGGAAAAUGGUAAUGGGAUUAGUGUUGAAGGUGCCCUCCUCACAGAGCAAGAUGUUAAUCAUCCAAAACCAGCAAAAAGAGCUCGGACCAGCUUUACAGCAGAUCAGCUCCAGGUUAUGCAAGCACAGUUUGCUCAGGACAACAACCCAGAUGCACAGACCCUCCAGAAACUGGCAGAAAGGACAGGCUUGAGCAGACGUGUGAUACAGGUGUGGUUUCAGAAUUGUAGAGCACGCCAUAAGAAGCACGUCAGUCCUAAUCACUCCUCUUCUGCCCCAGUCACAGCAGUCCCACCCUCCAGGCUGUCUCCACCCAUGCUAGAAGAAAUGGCUUAUUCUGCCUACGUGCCCCAAGACGGGACGAUGCUAACUGCGCUGCAUAGUUACAUGGAUGCUCAUUCACCAACAACUCUUGGACUCCAGCCCUUGUUACCCCAUUCAAUGACACAACUGCCAAUAAGUCAUACCUAAUUCCUUUUUUCAGGGAUAGAAAUGAUUAAGGAUAUAAUCUUGUCACUUAUGUAUAAAAUACCAUUGAAAAGAUAUUAAUGUUAAUUUUUUAUUUAACACUCAAAGCAUUUUCAACAUCACU